AUGGCAGCAUCGCAGCAGCGGCCAACAAAAAGGAUAGAAUCGAGAUGCACCCCAGCGACGGACCGGGCCACGCUCGCAUUCCAGAUCGUUGGGUACAGUAAGCAUAAAGGCAUGGGAACCGGCGAAUGCAUCCAGUCCGCCCCUGCCUCCGUUGGUGGGUACCAAUGGUGCAUCCGCUAUUUCCCUGACGGAUCGAAGGAGGAGGUCAAGGACUACAUCUCAGUCUUCAUCAAGCUCCUGUGCAAGGGCCCCAAGGUGCGGGCGCUCUACGACUUCAGGUUGGUCAACCAUGACAGCGGGCUGUCGUCAUCGGUGUAUUCCCGCUCGGAAUCGCCGCAGGAGUUUAAUUCCCUCGACCGAACAAAUACAUGGGGGUUUAGCGAUUUCAAGAAGAGGAGCUCGCUCGAGCAGUCACCUUACCUGCGGGAUGACCGUCUCAUAAUUGAGUGCGAUCUCACUGUGCUCCAGGAACCACUAAUUGUUGCCAAGACUGUAGAGGUUCAGGUACCACCAUCAGACUUGUCAGGUAAUUUUGGACAACUGCUAGAGACAGCGGAGGGAGCAGAUGUGGCAUUCAAAGUUCAAGGGGAGGUUUACCACGCGCAUAAGAUUGUGCUCGCAGCACGGUCGCCAGUUUUCAAAGCAGAGCUCUAUGGACCGAUGAGAGACAAACGGAGACGUAACAUACCAGUCCAAGACAUGCAGCCUGCUGUUUUCAAGGCGUUGCUUCACUUCAUAUACACGGAUUCAUUACCUCCCAUGGACGAUCUUGACGGGGACGAUAACAAAGACAUGGUCAAGCACUUACUUGUGGCUGCAGAUCGGUAUGCGAUGGAGAGGAUGAAGAUCGAAUGUGAAGCCAUUCUUUGCAAAAGUCUUGAUGUCGAGACUGUGGCAACCACGUUAGCUCUAGCUGAUCAGCAUCACUGCAGCGGGCUCAGAGAUGCUUGUGCUGAAUUUAUCGUGUUUUCAAAUAGAAUGGAUGAUGUUUUGGCAAGCCAGGCGUAUGCGCACUUGAAAAGAUCAUGCCCUGCUGUCGUAGUAGAUGUCUUGGAGAGGGCAACAAAGUCUCGCAAAAUUUAG